UAUGGUUCUUAAUCAGAAGGAGAACUCGCACGAUACGGUCAAGAACGAGUUCCAAUGCCAUUGCAUAAUGGAAUACGAGAUUUGAUUUGCAACGUCGUUCGAUUAUUAGACCGCUUUAUUGACGUAACGAAUUUUUAAUGUCUAUUAUUCCAUCUGCAGCAUAAUUCACUUUCGUAUUUUAAUCUCAACCGAUAUCAUGGUCGAAGGUUAUCGAGAGGUUAGCUCAUUUAUAUAUUGGGUGAGUCUCGUUCGUUCGCCGUUAAUCCUUCGUUCAUAAUUACUUGGAUAAGGGAAUUUCAAAAUAAAUCUAACGAUAAUUGUUAGAAUGAUUGUAAAAAUGUCGUCUAUUUGUUUUUAUGUGGUCUUUUUGACGUUAAGAGUCGGCGUUAACAGCUGAAGCGUCACCGAUAACUAAGGAUCAGUUAUAACGGGCAUAGUAAUUUCAUAGCCAUGAAUAUCGAUGUUUCCAUUCAUGAAUCCAGAAGGAACAUUUGAACAAAUAAAAAAGUUUGAUAAAUAAUUCUAUAUCAAGAUAAAUCAAUGUCCCGGGUGGACGGAAAGGACGAUGACAGAAUGCCGUGUUUGGGGGACAGUUCUGCUUCUUAUCAAUAUUUCAAGUUUAAUGGUAGAUGCGAGCGCAUUUGGGGGACGCACUUCGACGAACGAUGAGAAAAGAAGAUCCUUCGAGACGGAGGAUUCUGUAUAUUCUUGGACAGGACCGAACGCCCUGGCGAGAUCCGCUUUGGUGGAACGUCAGGAGAGAUUACAGUACAAUUGCGAGGAGAUUUUCGAAGACAGAAACUCUCUGAAUGAGGACUUGAAUCCAGAAUCCUUUAGGAAUAUUCUCGUCGACGAACAACACGAACUUUUAUACUGUUACGUUCCCAAGGUUGCGUGCACGAACUGGAAACGAGUUCUGAUGGUGGCCACGGGGAAAUGGCCAGGUAAUGAUCCUAUGGAAAUACCUGCUGAUCAGGCGCAUUCUCCAGGUACCUUUCAGAGGCUCACCAACUAUACCUUGUCCGAAAUAGAACGAAUGUUGGCGACUUACGACAAACUGAUCGUCGUCAGGCAUCCUUUAGAAAGGUUGCUGUCCGCCUAUAGAAACAAGCUGGAGGCGAAACACGAGAAGAGUUCGAGAUACUUCCAAACUCGUUUUGGAAAGAAGAUUAUCAAGAGGUACAGACAAAACGCCACUGUAGAAUCGCUGAGAAAUGGUGAUGACGUGACAUUUAGAGAGUUCGUACAGUUCGUCACAGAUGAUUCGUCGAAUGAGACACGAAACGAGCACUGGAAGCCAAUUUACGAGCUCUGUCAUCCAUGCCUGGUUAAUUAUAAUCUUGUCAGCAAGUACGAGAGCUUAGUUGAGGAUGCUACAGAAGUUUUGGAACGGAUGGGGGUCGAGUCAGUCAAUUUCCCAUCGAAACCAGUGAACAGUGAGCCAACAGCGAAGAAACUAGAAAAGUAUUAUUCUACGUUGACGUACAGGCAACUUCGAAAGUUGGUAGAUUUGUACAAGUUAGACCUAAGGCUGUUCGAUUAUUCACUGGAGGACGUGUUGGGAUUCUCGUUGGCAUGACUGAAUUUUCAUCGAGGAUUUUUGUAAAUAAUACGCUUCAAAUUAUGAAUAGAGAUGCGCUAACGGUUAAAUAGUUUGGUACUUGCUCGUUUCCAUGUGUUCUGUUCUCAAUAUAUGCAAACAUGAUCAGUUCGCGUGCGGUCAUUUGUACGGGUCUUUCCACCGUAUUUAUGCUCGUAGUUAUUAAUUAAUCAAUUGAGUCACAGAGAACAAUGCUCAAGCAGCAUCGAACCGGUUGUUUCACAAAUCUUUAAAGUAGCCGCUAGUCGAGCAGAGAGAUUUUUUCCUCCUUUGUCGUUGUACUUAUUUUUAAAACGCACGGAAUCCCCCGUGCCAAGAAUUUAAGGAUAUAAAAACCGGUUGGUAGAUUGUUUGUGCCAAUGAAACAACUGUUGAUAAUUGAAACCUUCGAGAAUGAUCUUCUUCGUGUUUAUGGGUAUUAAAUAUCCGGAUGUUAUUGAUGCAAAUGUCGUCUUACCUAUGUAGAUACUUAACAGAAGAUCUUGUGGAUUGUGUCUUAAGUAAACCUGUAACAGAAUUCCCGCCAUAUUUGUGUACCUACGUAUGUUAGUAAUAAGGAUACAAAAAUUGUACGACACACAUUCCUAUAAUUAAUCAAUUUUAUAGCGUAUACUAUAAGUUACCGCCCAAACCUCUCUUUUUACCAAUACACUACUGUAAUUCCAUCUCGAGCGAAAUAAAGAAAUAUUUUAUAAAA